GCCGGACCGGAACACCACAGGGCCAUGAUGGAAAGCGUCGCAGAAAUGAAUGGAGUCAGAUCCUGCUAAUGUUGACGUAGCCGGUGCCGUAACGUAGUGAUGAUUUCAGAAGAUGAAGAUAAAUAAAAACUUGACGGAUUCGGCGAUGGAGUGCGACAUUUUGGACUCUUUGGAGCAGCUCGGCUAUGACGGCCCUACUCUGGAGGAGAAGGCGCUGCUCAGAGCCGCAGAGGAAGGCCUGUCCUCGCCUGAAUAUGUGGACCUUUGCCGGUGGCUGGCAUCCAGGUUAAAGCCGCUAUGUGACCUGGAGGAGAGCAUUACUUCAGAUCCAGACGACAUGGAGAGCCUCCAGGUGGAGAUGAGUGGUUUGCUGAAGGAGCUUCACUGUCCUCAUGAGGAGGUGGUUUCAGGGAUCCUGAAAGGCGGCGUGCGAAAUGCAGAAGAUCACCUCAAGCUUGUCUUGUUUCUGAGCUCCGAGCUUCAGGCGGCUCAGAUCGUGCAGAGCAGGAAGCUCUCUGAAAAACAGCGAGACGAGGGCCCGGUGUGUCGGGAGCUGCUGUCCAUCUGUGAAACGCUCCAACUAGAAGAACCAAGAGGCCAGGACGCUGCAGGAGUUUUCUCUCAAGUACAACGCAAGGUUGAAAAAGUUCUUCAAGACCUUCCCGACUCCUCCGUUGGAGACCCGGUGCUGAAGAAGUCUCUUGACAGUGAUCAGUGGGAGAAGCUGCACAAGAUCAAUACAACUCUGUCGUCGGAGUACGAGUGUCGACGCAGGAUGCUGAUCAAGCGGCUGGACGUCACGGUGCAGUCGUUCGGGUGGUCGGACAGAGCCAAGGUGAGAGUGGACAGCAUGGCAAGAGCCUACCAGCCCAAGAGACAGUCUCUGAGGCCGCAGUCCACGGUGGACAUAGCGGAUCUGCUGGCUGCCAGAGAGGACAUCUGCAAUGUCGUGAAGACCAGCAGCGGCUCGAGCAGGGAGAAAACUGCAUGUGCCGUCAACAAGAUCCUGAUGGGAAGAGUCCCAGACCGAGGAGGACGCCCCUCAGAGAUAGACGCCCCGCCUCCUGAGAUGCCACCCUGGCAGAAAAGACAGGAUGGAGGAGGUGGGUGGGGAGGACGUGGCGGCGGUGGUGGACGAGGAGGAGGAUGGAGAGGAGGAGGACGAGGACGAGGAGGAGGAGGACAGGGACGAGGAGGAGGGCAAGGAGGACGAGAUGGUGGCGGGUGGAACCAAGGAGGACACUAUGGAGAUUACGGAGGACGUGGUGGACACGGAGGGAAGAGAGGACGGUACCAGUAUUAGCUUGUGCAGAUUUUUUUUUGAGUUGGUUCUUUAUAUAAAAAUGAUCCAGAUGUAGUUUUACACGUGACGUCAGAUUUGGUUUCCACGGAGGACGAAAACUGUUUUUAUUCCUCAGUUUUUAAACACUUUGAUCAGUAUUGUUUUGUUUUUUUGGGGGGUAUUUUUAAAGGAAAACUAGCAGUCAGGACAUGAAUUUUCAUAUGAACAUUAAAUAAGGUAUCAUGUGCUUGGGGCCAUGAUACUGCAGUGGUGUCCCAAACUCACACUGUGUUAAAAAAGUGCAUGUAGACUAUGGUGGCACUCGUUGGUUUGUGGACUAUUUUCUUGUGGGCUUUGGUCGCUGCCGCCAUCUUGGAUUUUUGGAUGGUGCGGUGGCCUGAAAACCUCAGGAUAUAAUGCGCACGGUGUCUCGUCCCUCAUUAGGAAGCCACGCCAUAAAGCAAGCUAGUUUAGUCUAAAUGUGACUAAGUCAUUUGAAAUGAAACUGCUGCUUUGAGGACGACGUCAUAAAAGCUGAAUAAAUAAAGUGAGAAUUA